GGAAGGUGCGGAGCUCACAGCUUUACUCAGCUCAACCCUGCAAACAAACAGAGCGGUUCCAAACUCCAGGCAGUUCCGAUUUGUCCCAAACCUCAAAUGGGGAAGAGAAACAUUGCAAGCCAUAGAGGCGGAAUUCCACUGAGGAAAUCGAUCCAUUGACCCGGCGGACUUGUCUCGGAAGCAAUGCACGUCCUGCCUGCCCGGGAAUAAACCGGCACAAAACUAAACAGAAGAGUUCUGUCAUGAUGGUUCGAGCACUCCCAUUUCAGAUUGCAUGUACAUUUUUGCUUACUCAAGUCUUGUCAUUCUUUUGCUUGCAAAAACUUGAUGCUGAUCAUGAAACAAUUGUGAAGAUUUCCAGUGCAGGACAAUUGAUGCAGUGCUCUGCAGCUAUUGAUUUGCUAUUCCUGCUGGAUGGGUCAUACAGUAUUGGCAAAGGCAGCUUCGAAAGAUCCAAACAUGUUGCGUUCAAACUUUGUGAUGCGCUUGAUGUAAAUCCUGACAGGGUCAGAGUUGGAGUAAUCCAGUACAGUUCAUUCCCAAAAUUUGAAUUUUAUCUGAAUUCGUACUUAACAAGGGAAGAAGUAAAGGAACAGCUUAAAAGAAUUAUAUUUAGAGGUGGAAGUACACAGACGGCACUAGCUUUGAAGUACAUUCUCCAUAAAGGUUUCAGUGGUUCAAGGAACUCAUCCGUUCCUCGAAUUCUUGUCAUUCUUACUGAUGGCAGAUCUCAGGGUAACGUUGAACAGGCAGCAACGCAACUGAAAGAAAAUGGAAUAAUUGUCUUUGCUGUUGGAGUCAAAUUUCCAAGAUGGGAUGAGCUGUACACACUGGCUAGUAAACCCACAGAGAGCCAUGUCCUAUUCGCAGAGCAUUUUGAUGAUGCUGUCAAUGGUCUCUACAGCACACUCACCAGCUCUGAUGUCUGCUCUGCUAUUCCUCCAGCAUGUAAACUUGAAUCCCAUUUCUGUCAUCGUAAGUCACUAGAAACAGUGAAGGAAUUUAAAGGAAACUUCAUGUGUUGGAAGGGAUCAAAAGGAUAUGGUGGGCCUUUCUCAACAAUGUGUCCUUAUUACAGUUGGAAGAGAGUUUAUAAAACACACCUUGCUCGAUGCUACAGAACAACUUGCCCAGAUCCCUGUGAUUCACAGCCUUGUCAAUAUGGAGGCACAUGUAUUGCUGAAGACUUUGAAAAGUACCACUGCGUGUGCCCCACAGCAUUUGGAGGAGAUGUUAAUUGUGCUCCACAGCAAGGCCUGGACUGCAACGUGGAUCUUUUGCUACUGAUCGAUGGCUCUUCCAAAAUGACCCAUGAAGGAUUUCUUCAGCACAAAACAUUUGUGAAGCAAUUUCUCCACACUGUGCUGACUGCAGAUACUCAAGUCAAUGUUGGAGUGGCACAAUUCAGUGAUGGUGUCCAGAUGGAGUUGCCAAUGGGUCAGCACAGUGAUGUGUCAGACAUUGGUAAAGUGAUCGAUUCAAUGCAUUUUAAAGGGGGCAGCACAAAGACUGGCAAAGCUCUGCAUUACCUCACCCAGAUUGGAUUCAAAACUAGCUCAGCACUUGUAAAAGAUCAUCCCCGUGUUUUAGUUCUGCUAUCUGACUCAAAAGCAGAAGAUUCAGUUGCUGAAUCCGCCAAAAAUGCGAGGAAACAAAAGGUCUUCCUUCUUGCCAUUGGUAGCCAGAGCCGUCAGUCUGAACUGGAUGGAGUUACAGGAAAUCCACAGCAUACUAUCACGUAUUCAAAUCCACAGAGCCUGUUGAAUAAGAUUCCUGAACUCAGCACAAAAAUCUGCAGUGUUGGUAAUCAAGGAUGCUUAUCCAGGCCUCUAGAUCUGGUCUUUGCUUUGGAUGCAUCUUCUGGAGUUGGAAAGGACAAUUUUGAUAAGGUGAAAGAUUAUGUGAAAAGUGUUAUCACUCAGUUUGAGAUUAAUCGUGACAUUACCCAAGUUGGCCUUGUGAUUUAUGGCAGCAGAUCUAGGACAAUUUUUGGCCUUGAUGCUUUUGAUUCAGGUACUAAUCUCCAGAAAGCAAUUAGUCUGGUCCCUUACUUGGGUGGAACUGCCUCCACUGGCAGCGUUCUCCUUCACAUUUAUGAUGAUGUCUUGAGCAUCCGACAAGGAGCACGACCUGGUGUGAACAAAGUGGCUGUAGUACUUACAGACGGGGCAAGUACUGAUGAUGCAGCCGUUCCUGCCCAGACCCUGAGGAAUAAUGGUAUCACAGUCUUCGCUAUAGGAAUUGGUGACGCACAGAAGGAAUCAUUGCUAAAGAUUGCUGGUUUUGCUACUCACAUGGUCAUGGUGCCGUCCUAUGAAGAUUUGAAAUAUUUUGAAGAUAUUGUUGUCCACAGAUUGUGUGAAGUGGCCAAGGCACCAAUUAAUCUGUGCAAACCCAAUCCAUGUAUGCAUGGUGGAGAGUGCAUAAUGCACAAUGCAAGUUAUCGUUGUGAAUGCAAAGGUUGGGAGGGAGUGCAUUGUGAACACAGAAUCUCCAAUCCAGAACCACGUGGCGAUUUACCCAGGAUACAUCGGAAAAGACGUCGCAGACAGAGGAAACUGCGGCACUUAAACAGGAGAGGUAAAAGAAGGUCUCGCAAGAGACAUGGACACCGAAAGAACCAAGAACUAUUACUUUAAAAGGAGUCAUAUAAUCCUGAUUUACAUAAACUCGAUAUUUCAAAGUGCACUGAUGAGACCAAGUGCACAAAUACCAAAAGAACUGAGUUUCAGUCUGUUGUCAACGUUUUAUAGUCACGUUGCUCUUUUUCCAGUUUUACAGAUAUUGAAGCAAAGUUUUAAAGAAAGCUAAAACAAUAUUUGAUAAGGUACCUACAUUUCUAAAGGAACCACUGUUAAUGACCCUUCUGAAGAAGGGUCUAGGCCUGAAACAUCAGCCUUCCUGCUCCUCUGAUGCUGCUUGGCCUGCUGUGUUCAUCCAGCUCUACACCUUGUUAUCUCACUGUUAAUGAUUUAUGUUUUGAUUGUGCUAUCAAUUGACUGCACAGGUGACCAUUCAAAGAUCCUCAUAAUUCAUGGAAACUACAGAGUAAUUGCAGAAUGUGUCCAAUGUCGCCCUGCCUUUCCUGUACAUCUUUGAUUGCACGGAUCUUCACUCGAAAAUAUAGUCAUAAGAUUAUUGCACAGUUAUAUUGACUGGGUCGUAUAAGCUAUCAAACCAGAGAAUUGUUUUACAAGCAACCACUGUAGAGAUUUCUGAUUCAAAGCAUUGAGUUGCAACAUGUUACAUAUUUAUCCCCCUUCAUGUGGUCUGCUUCUUAAGAAGAAUUAGAAAUUUUCUGCCCUGCAGAUUUAUCACAUGAGCGAUUUCCAUGUCCCAUAAUGCAUUACACAUAUGAGAAAGAAAUUAGUCUGCAAGCUAAUGUAGAGAUCACUCAAGUAAAUCUGAUUAAUUAACUGAACUGUCAGUUUCAAUCAACUGGAAGGCUUAGAUUUCAACACCAAAAGGAGUGAAACUGUCGAUCAUUUUAGCCUAUGCAGUUAAGAUCCAUUUUAGGAGAUUGGUUAAAAUAGAGUGCAUUUUUUUUAAACAAAGAAUGUGGACUUUGGUGUCUAUGUUUGAUCAUUUGAACUGAGUAUACAGUUAAGUACAAAAAUAGUUUAUAAUUAAAUAUAUCUAUCAAUGGCACAAAACCUCUUCUGUGACUGUAUUCCAUUUCCAGCAAAGCAGAUCACUUUAACUCGAUUACUCUUUCUAAAGUUUUGACUUUCAGCAACUACAGCAAAUUGCAUUUAUGGAAUGAUUUUAAAAUUGUAAAAUAUCCCAGGUGUUUCACCGAAAUCAGCCUAAAUAUGGCAAAGCCAAGUUGUGAGCCAUUGAGAUUUGCUUUAAACAGCUUAUUUUGCAUCUUUAUGUGAUAACAUUACUUUGUGUUAGAGACACUGGGACCUAGAUAUAAUUAGGAACAAAUUCUUGCAUUCUGACUUGAACUGUAGUCUGUAUAUCAUGUAGUUUUCUCUCUAUAUAUGUUGAAAAAGCUGUAAGUCUCAAGCUUGAACUAGUGUUCAUUUUAUUUAACAACAUAACACUUGUUAUCUUGUAAUAGAUAUUUAUGAUAGGCCUGAGUGAAUUGCAUUCUGAACUAGGAUGACAGUACUACUUAUCAUUGCUAUGUAAUUAUACUACAGACUGUAUAUAAUAGUUACUUGGAGACAAGCGUGCCAUUUCUAGAACUACUUUGGAGUGUGCAUGCCUGAAAUCCACUCCAAUUGCUUGAUGUCAGAAGUUACAUCCUGGGCUGUUCCCUGUCUCUUUCUUGGCUGUAUUUAUAUUUGUUGCAGGUCCGUUCUUGUCUUAGUCUCCUUGGUUUCCUUCCACUUGCUGCUAACAGUCCUGUUCUUUAUUUUGACUUGAUUUUCAUUAGUCGUAUAAAGCGAAUAGCUAGACGCAGGGAUACUAAUUUCCAGGAGACUGCAGCACAGGUGUUGUAAUAAGUUCAACUGCAAGUCAUUCCUCCUCCACAGAGCAUACUCCUUUUAGUGUGUGAACCAGUUUAAACAUGAAGGUAAUUUAAGAAAUCAAAUGUCAGAGCAUUGUCGAUUUCUAUACGGUAACCAUGUGUGAUAUGGCUGAGGAAAGUCAUUCAGCUGCAGUGCUUCCAUUUAAUUUACAUGAUCUCUCAAAGCAGCUUUCUGGCUUCGGUGGUGUUAUAUAAUAAUAAGUAAUAAAAUAUACUAUAUAAGUGUACACAAAGCUACACAAAACUAAAAUCAACAUAAGCACUGUUGAACUGAACCAUAUUGUUUACUAUGGGCAUUCUAUAGAUACCGAGCAAAUUGUUGCCUUCCACACAUGCAAAACAUUCAUCUUUGCUAUUUUUCCAGAUGACCACUGCUAACACCUUGUGGUAUUUGUCACCCCUACCAGUAUGUGGUACUAGGUAAGGGUUGUUUGAAGAGUUCACUUUCAAGUGAGUAGUAGACAAUUCAUUUAGAAGCAAAGUACGGUUGUUACUGGAGAUCCGAUACAAAAUAGAAAGUGCUGGAUCAACCCAGCAGGUCAGGCAGUAUCCGUGGAGAGAGAAACAGAGUCUGAUUUGACUUCUUCAGAACCAUUAGUCUCUGUCCCUUUAAUUCAGUCCCUAUUUUAGGAAAUAAUUCAUGAGCUUAUUUUUAUAUAUUAUGUAGUUUGAUAUUGUUAUUUAUCAUUAAAUACUGUCACAAACCAAAACGAUUGGGAGAAUUAAGGAGCAAAGUGGAGUUGGUUGGAGCAUAAAUGUAUCUGGUGUACAGGUGACAUGAUAAAAAAGCAUACUGAAAGUGAUAGUGCACCUCCACUGGGGGUAAGAUGUAAUUGUAGACUGACAAAUUUAUGUGGCAAUUUUGAUUAUAAAUGUAGGGAAACAAUUUAUAAUGGAAAAUUUACACAGAAUAGAGACAGAAAUGUGAUAACAGGCAGUAAAAUUUUACAUGUAUGUGAAACUAAGAUUAAAGACUAGGACUAAUGAAAUAGUUCCUCAUUGAGAACUUACAAAUGACCAGUCUUUACAGUAAUGCUAUACAUACCCUCACGUAUCUAAACUUUGCGCACAAUAUAUGAGACUAUAUCAGUCAGGCAGGUCUUUAGUAUUUUUUCACACUAAUCUAGCUGUUCUUCUCUUUUGCUCUUUGAGUUAAUAAAAUUGUUGACCAUAAUUUAAAAGUAAACAAUUUGCUCAUGUUUUAGAUUUUUAUUCUAUUUCCUACUGUAAGCUUUCUCUUCUAAUUCAGAGGAGGGAACACAAUUUUCUAUGGUCCUGUCAAGAUUUUAUUGCUAUUCUGCUCAUCAGUCAGUGGGAGGUGAAUAUCGAUGAUGACGGCGCAGUAUUACCUUCCUCCCAGGAAGUCAACAAGGUCAACUACCCAAUGCAAUGAGUAAGGCAGCUGAAUUAAAAUAGUGACCAAAAUGAGGUUUAAUUUCUACUUGGACCUGUAGUUCAGAAUUGUUUGUUUUUCAUUUGGACAACUUCUCAGACUUUUAAUUUGAAAUGUUAAAAAUGAAGAUACUACAAACAAAUUAGCAAAGUUGAAGUUUUAAAAUGGGAGUUAUAAUUUUAAAAAAAAAUACUAACUACACCUUUUGUUUGUUUUUCAGCCAAGAUUUUAAAUAAGCAACAUUUAGUAUAAACUGAGAAUACAUUGUUAUUAAUUACAAUACAUUGUACUCUUAGAAAAAUAGUGUGAUAGUAUUUUAUAUAUAAAAUCCGGUAUUCACGUAUGUAUAUCAUGUUUAUUCCGUAGUGUUAGAUGUGCAGCGUCAAGGAUUUUUUUAAUAGUUUGUAUUUCCGAGAAUUUCAGAACGAAAUUAAGCAAACUUGUAAUAAGUCUAAAUGACAAACACAA